AUGUGGAAAAAGUUCUCGCUAAAUGGUAAUUAUAAGUGGUUGGAUAUACUACCUUAUCUAGUUUCACAAUACAAUAAUUCUAAACAUCGAAAAAUUGGAAUGAAGCCCAGUGAAGUGACUGCAGCCAAAGUACCAGAUAUAUUGAAUCGAUUGUCUUUGAAAAAACAUCGACCUCUAACAAAACAUGCAAAAUUCAAAGUUGGUGAUAAAGUACGAGUCAGCAAAAGUAAGGAGAUUUUUGAGAAAGGUUAUACGCCCAAUUGGUCAACAGAAAUUUUCACAAUUGAUAGAGUUAUGAAAACCGUUCCAUUCACCUAUCGUUUGAAAGAUUAUCAAGACAAACCUAUUGCUGGCGGAUUUUAUGAAGAAGAAUUACUUAGGACAAAAUAUCCAGAUAUUUAUUUGAUAGAAAAAGUUGUAAGAAAAUGUGGUGAUCAUUAUUAUGUUAAAUGGUUGGGAUUUGAUGAAUCUCAUAAUAGCUAUGUUCAUAAAGAUGAUAUGUGA